AUCACACUUGCUCUGGACACCAUCUUACCGAAGGUACAAGCUUUCGCAGUAGGCUUUCCAUGGUGCCAUGACCAAUUCGUCAUUCGAGACGGUGGAUGGGUUGAUUUAUCAACCCAUCCCCCAUGUCAACCUUAUUUUUACUCUCAAUGCAUGCAUGCAACUCGCAAAGGCUCGCGCGCUAUGACAUUCAAGUCAAAACAAUUCUUAUUUUAUGUUGUUGUGCCCAUGGCUCAAUGGGAGGACUAUGAAAUAUGGCUUGAUAAAGCUGAAGAGGAACGAUUCAGCAUGCAUUUGCAGCCUGGGCUAUUCUCUGCAGCUUCUGUGGAAGAGAAUGUCCAUUCGAGCAUCGGUUCGAGCGUCCAUUCGAGCGCAGCAACUGAUUCGCCGACUAUCUCAUCAUGCGAAGCACUGACAUCUGAAGCACCAUCCCAAGCACCAGGAAAGCGGUGGUUUCUCUGUGAGAUCACUAGUGUCCCAUCAUCGCCUCCCCUCAAGAAAGCAGCACCUGCCAAGGUUGCUUUCUGUUCUCCAGAUCGAGAACAGCUACGGGAAGUUUUGCAGUCUGGUGGGACUGCAGACAUAAACGUCCAACAGAUGCUCACUGUACAGCAUGAGAACAUCGAUUUCUUCCCCAUCUUAACGUGCCCGCUAUCAGUCAUUUUAGAGGACCCGGAGCUUCAUGCUGCCUUCCGUGCGGAUACUGAAUUGAGCCACAGUGGCUGGCUUACAGUUCAGAUUUCCACAAACGAUAUGCUCGGCAUCGGAGGCUUCAAGACUGCCCAUCCUGGUUUCCUGACACUUUUAUCAGCCCCCGAAACUCUCCUAGGUGCGCACUCACGCCAAAAGGUUGCAGUCAAGCGACCCUUUUACAAGAAGUACCCUCUGGGCGGCAGCAAAAACCCGAUGAAUUUCGUCUUUGGACGUUAUACAAUAAGUGAUGAGCUUCCAAAGCUAUUCAGGGAGGCAAAUGUGUUAUACUGGGCGCGCGCAUUGCUAACAUUUUCAUACGAAUACAUCGACCAUUGUGUUUCUAACUCGUCUGAACCUCCGCCCUUUCAUAUCCCUCGCUUGCGCUUUGUUGAGGCUGGUCUUGCAUUAUCACAUGAUCAUGCACAAUCUGGCCACCACAAAUCAAAGUCGCCGGCCAUGCCUCGGGCUGUGUACCUCGUUGAAGAAUUGAUUACUGACGAAUUCCUCAAAUACAUCCAUAACAUGGAUUGCAACCCAAUGCUUGACCUGGACGAGGUUGGCUAUGAAAUCGCCGCGUUUUUUAGCGUGCACACAACAUAUACAGUACGCUAAAACCGGCGGCCUUGCUUUCAUCUCUGACUAUCAAGGUAUGUGCCA